AUGGAUACUACAGAGGAUAGAAAACUGAAUUUAAAAAACUUGUUAAACAUGUCAGCCACAUUUAACAGCGUAGACAUCGUGAGACUUGCGGUGCGGCACAUGUUCAUGGGGCACAUCAAGAGCCAGCCCAGUGUGAGGAACACCUUCUUCAAGAAACACAUCCUACCUGGAGCCACUGACAGGUGCCGGUGCGUCAACUAUUCCAACAUCAUCCUGACACGGGAAGUAGAGGGCUUCAGAGAAUUUGAUUUUGACAAAUUUGCAGUCUUGUACGUGUGCCAGGUUAUUUGUCAUCUGAAGAAAUAUUUCAAUUUCCAUGAGAUGAUUGAUGAAUACUUGGUUGAGGAAGAGCUAAGUUGCAUAUAUUCCAGUCCAAUCUGGCUGAAGUUAGGUUUAGGUUUCUACAGCUUCCUCUACAAAGAACUUGUGAGAGACCAUACAACUGGAGAAUACUUCAAAAGUUACUGUUCUCACGGAAAACUGUGGGCGAAGAAAAUAGCAGAGAAGUAUCAGUCUGAAUUAACGGUGCUACGUAAUUUUUCUUUUGCUGACACGUGUCCAGAUGUCAUUCAGAAAAAUGUGAAUGAACUGUUGAUAAAAGUCCACAUCUUAGACCCCACUAUGGUUAACACUGUCUACAACCUUCUACAUAAAGUGAUUCCAAACAUAACGACGGAAAUAUACAAGACACGAUAUCUGGGCGAUGUGAUGGAUUGGUCAAUGAUCCGCCAAGAAGUGGAGUCAGCAAUUUUGAAAUCCUCCCUUCCAAGCAAUGUAUCCAGACUCUCACUCGAUAAGUUGGAACAUUUUCACGGCAUUCAAGUCUGUGAAUUCAUAACAAAUGAGGCCAAAGAGUAUGGUCUGUGGACUGGAAGGCAUCCAAAAAAUCUCACAACAUCUGAACUGAAAGAUAGAUGCAGCAUUUCUUGA